GCUUCCCCAGCUCUCACCCAUUUUCCAUCUCCAGCUAUCCUGCCACCUUCAUCUUUGCAUCCCUUCCUGCAGAGGGUGGACAGUGGCUCAUCAUCAUCAGCCAGCACACUGGGCUUCUUCCCUCCCUAAUCCCAUGGGACUGGUCCCAAGACUGUGGCUUUAGGGCCACCAGCCCCUUUCCAGCCCUGACUGUGGAGUUUGCAGCUGACUAUGAUCCUCAGUAUUGUCUCUGGCAAUGUACCAUGGCUCCUCUCUCCUGGGAGCCAGCUCCAUACCUUGAUUUUCCCCAAACAUGUUAUGAUCUUCACUGCCCCUUUCUAGCUCCACAGGCCACCCAGGGUCUGUUGUGGGCAUGAAUAUAGAGGACGGGGGUGUGCCAGGCCUGGGCCGUCCCAGGCAGGCUCGCUGGACCCUGAUGCUACUCCUGUCCACUGCCAUGUAUGGUGCCCAUGCCCCAUUGCUGGCACUGUGCCAUGUGGAUGGCCGAGUGCCCUUCCGACCCUCCUCGGCUGUGCUGCUGACUGAGUUGACCAAGCUGCUGUUGUGCGCCUUUUCCCUCCUGGUGGGCUGGCAAGCAUGGCCCCGGGGGACCCCAUCCUGGCGCCAAGCUGCCCCCUUCGCACUAUCAGCCCUGCUCUAUGGAGCUAACAACAACCUGGUGAUCCAUCUUCAACGUUACAUGGACCCCAGCACCUACCAGGUGCUGAGCAAUCUCAAGAUUGGAAGCACAGCCCUGUUCUACUGCCUUUGCCUCCGGCGCCGCCUCUCUGCACGCCAGGGCUUAGCACUGCUGCUGCUGAUGGCAGCAGGGGCUUGCUAUGCCACUGGUGGCCUCCAGGACCCUGGGAACACCCUUCCUGGGCCCCCGCCAGCAGCUGUAGCUGGCCCCAUGCGCCUGCAUAUCACUCCACUAGGACUGCUGCUCCUCAUCCUGUACUGCCUCAUCUCAGGCUUAUCGUCCGUGUACACAGAGCUGCUCAUGAAGCGACAGCGGCUGCCCCUAGCACUUCAGAACCUCUUCCUGUACACUUUUGGCGUGCUCCUGAACCUAGGUCUGCAUGCAGGUGGUGGCCCUGGCCCAGGCCUCCUGGAAGGUUUCUCAGGAUGGGCAGCACUCGUGGUACUGAGCCAGGCACUAAAUGGACUGCUCAUGUCAGCUGUGAUGAAGCAUGGCAGCAGCAUCACACGCCUGUUUGUGGUAUCUUGCUCACUGGUGGUCAAUGCUGUGCUCUCAGCAGCCCUGCUGAGGCUACAGCUCACAGCUGCCUUCUUCCUGGCCACGCUGCUCAUUGGCCUGGCUGUGCGCCUGUACUAUGGCAGCCAUUAGUCCCCGACCACCUCCACCCUGACUCCUGACCCCAUAGAUUGAGUGCCAUCAUCAGAGCCACCUCCCAGCGGCUCCCGUUCCCUCAGCAGCCCUGUAACAAGUGCCUUGUGAGAUAAGCUGCAGAAGUGAGAGCAGCCAGGUUAGUCUCUGGAGGUGGAUGGAUGAAGGUGUACUCCUGGGAGACUUGUAGAGUGGGUUUGGUUAAGGAAAUUCUUAACUCGCCCCUAAGUUCUUCUAGACUAAGGAAUUGAAGGAGCAUCAAUACCUAGGCCUGAGAAAUGACUCCAUCCCUGAUGGAGGAGGUUCCCUGCUUCAUCUUGCAUGAAUGCACUUGCUUAAAGUGGGGUGUGGGCAACAGUUGGUUUCCCUUGCCUACCGUCACUCCAGCAGACCCACUUCCUGCAGGCCUGGUGCCGGCUGCCUCAGCCCAGCCAUGGUACAUGACUCUCCCAUAAAGGCUAGUCACCCCCUCCCUCCGCUGUCCUGCAGGAAAGUCCAGUUGCCACAGACGACAUACCCAUCACCUUGUGCACUCUGCCAAGCUCCCCUAGUUCCAACAGCGCCUGGAGACAGUGCCCCUUGCUCCCUCCAAGUGCUGCUCUCCACAUCCAGCCUUUGUUCUGGAAACUCCAGAGCGGUUGGGGCUUGACUCAUCUCAGGGAAUGUUGCCCCUGGGCCCUGGCUUAAGCCUACACACCUGACCUCUCUGCUCACCCAAAGGCCCUCUUGAAGUCCACUGCCCCCUCUAUAGCUCCUAGGAGGUACCAUCCUUCCCACUGGGUCCUGCCCUUGCCUAGCAGUGCCCCAGCUCCCAACAGCCACGGAAGCUCUACAUGGAGUGACCUGGGACCAGGCACAGGGAAACUUGUAUAGUUCAAUCAGUGUGUCUAACUGCAUAAGCAAUAAGGUCAAUAAAAUGUUCCGGGGUGUAGGUGGUUCGUACAAUCGGC